CCGCUCCCGCCUCCCGCGCGGGAUGCUACCUGCUGCCUGACGAGCCGCCGCCGCCGCCGCGGGAAGAGCCGAGGGGCGUUGCGGACGGGCGGAACCGGGCAGAUCUGAUGGCCAGUCGGUAGACCAGAAUGGCCACCAUGGUUCCACCUGUGAAGUUGAAAUGGCUGGAGCACCUCAACAGCUCCUGGAUCACGGAAGACAGCGAGUCGAUCGCCACCAGGGAAGGCGUCUCCGUCCUCUACGCGAAGCUCGUCAGUAACAAAGAAGUGGUCCCCCUGCCGCAGCAGGUCUUCUGCCUCAAAGGGCCCCAGCUGCCUGAUUUUGAACGCGAAUCCCUGUCCAGCGAUGAGCAGGACCACUACUUGGACGCUCUCCUUAGCAGCCAGCUGGCUCUGGCCAAGAUGGUGUGCUCAGACUCCCCCUUUGCCGGGGCGCUUCGCAAGCGCCUGCUGGUCCUGCAGCGCAUCUUUUACGCCCUUUCCAAUAAGUACCACGAUAAAGGACGGGUGAAGCAGCAGCAGCACUCUCCGGAGAGCAGCUCGGGCUCCACGGACAUCCAUUCGGUCAGCGAGAGGCCCAGGUCGAGCACGGAUGCGCUGAUAGAAAUGGGCGUCCGGACGGGGCUGAGCCUGCUCUUCGCACUGCUGAGGCAAAGCUGGAUGAUGCCCGCUGCGGGGCCUGGCAUCAGCCUUUGUAACGACGUCAUUCACACGGCGAUUGAGGUGGUCAGCUCCUUGCCCCCUUUGUCUCUGGCCAAUGAGAGCAAGAUCCCCCCCAUGGGCCUGGACUGCCUCUCCCAAGUAACAGUCUUUCUUAAAGGGGUAACGAUCCCCAACUCCGGGGCGGACACCCUUGGGCGAAGGCUGGCUUCCGAGCUGCUGCUGGGCCUGGCGGCUCAGCGCGGCUCCCUGCGGUACCUCUUGGAGUGGAUUGAGAUGGCCCUCAGCGCAUCGGCUGUGGUUCACACCAUGGAGAAGAGCAAGCUGCUGCCGAGCUCAGAAGGCAUGAUCACUUUUGAUUGCUUCAUGACGAUCCUAAUGCAGAUGAGGCGGUCGCUGGGGUCAUCUGCAGACCGAAGUCAGUGGAGGGAACCAACAAGGACUUCUGAAGGGCUGUGCUCACUCUACGAGGCAGCCUUGUGUCUCUUUGAAGAGGUGUGCCGGAUGGCCUCGGACUACUCCAGGACAUGCGCCAGUCCCGAUAGCAUCCAGACCGGAGAGACCCCCAUUGUUUCUGAAACCUGUGAGGUGUAUGUCUGGGGCAGCAACAGCAGCCACCAACUUGUGGAAGGGACCCAGGAGAAAAUCCUCCAGCCUAAGUUGGCUCCAAGUUUUUCUGAUGCGCAGACAAUUGAAGCUGGCCAGUAUUGCACCUUUGUAAUAUCCACGGACGGCUCCGUUCGAGCUUGCGGCAAAGGCAGCUACGGCCGAUUAGGAUUGGGUGACUCCAACAACCAGUCCACUCUGAAGAAGUUGACUUUCGAGCCUCACCGAUCAAUCAAAAAAGUGUCGUCUUCCAAAGGCUCCGAUGGCCACACGCUGGCAUUCACCACCGAAGGAGAAGUCUUCAGCUGGGGGGACGGCGACUACGGGAAACUGGGCCACGGCAACAGCUCCACCCAGAAAUACCCUAAGCUUAUCCAGGGGCCUUUGCAGGGAAAGGUGGUGAUUUGUGUCUCGGCCGGGUACCGGCAUAGUGCUGCUGUCACAGAGGAUGGUGAAUUAUACACCUGGGGAGAAGGAGACUUUGGCCGGCUAGGUCACGGGGACAGCAACAGCCGUAACAUCCCAACUCUCGUCAAAGACAUUAGCAACGUUGGCGAGGUUUCUUGCGGCAGCUCACACACCAUCGCAUUGUCCAAAGAUGGGCGAACGGUUUGGUCCUUUGGAGGAGGAGAUAAUGGCAAACUGGGUCAUGGAGACACCAACCGAGUGUAUAAACCCAAAGUGAUAGAAGCUCUUCAGGGGAUGUUCAUACGGAAAGUUUGUGCCGGAAGCCAGUCUUCGCUGGCUCUAACAUCAACUGGACAGGUGUCUGCCUGGGGCUGCGGGGCAUGCUUGGGAUGCGGCUCCUCCGAAGCCACGGCUCUCCGGCCCAAGCUGAUUGAAGAGCUGGCUGCCACGCGGAUCGUGGACAUUUCCAUUGGGGACAGCCACUGCUUGGCCCUUUCCCACGAUAACGAGGUUUACGCGUGGGGCAACAACUCCAUGGGGCAGUGUGGCCAAGGGAAUUCCACGGGCCCCAUCACUAAGCCGAAGAAAGUGAGUGGCUUAGAUGGCGUCGCCAUUCAGCAGAUUUCGGCUGGAACGUCCCACAGCCUGGCUUGGACAGCCCUUCCCAGAGACAGGCAGGUGGUGGCCUGGCACAGGCCGUACUGCGUGGACCUUGAAGAAAGUACCUUCUCCCACCUCCGUUCUUUCCUCGAGCAGUACUGUGACAGAAUCAAUAGCGAGAUCCCGCCUCUUCCUUUUCCUUCCUCGAGGGAGCACCACACCUUCUUAAAGCUCUGCCUGAAGCUGCUGUCCAACCACCUGGCGCUGGCUCUGGCUGGAGGGGUGGCCACCAGCAUCCUGGGCAGGCAGGCGGGACCCCUGCGGAAUUUGUUGUUUCGCCUGAUGGAUUCCUCCGUCCCGGAUGACAUACAGGAGGUGGUGAUUGAGACCCUGUCGGUCGGAGCGACGAUGCUGCUGCCCCCCUUAAGGGAGAGGAUGGAGCUGCUGCACUCCCUCCUUCCCCAGGGCCCCGACCGGUGGGAGAGCUUGUCCAAGGGGCAGCGAAUGCAGUUGGAUAUUAUUCUGACCAGCCUGCAAGACCACACUCACGUCGCCUCCUUGCUGGGCUACAGCUCUCCCUCGGAUGCCACAGAUAUCUCCUCCCUCUGCAUCGCUUACGGGAAUCUCUCCGACGCAGCCUACGGGGCCCAGAGUCACCACCCCGACACUCACCUGGCCGAAAUCUUAAUGAAGACUCUCUUGCGCAAUUUGGGGUUCUACACAGAUCAAGCGUUUGGAGAGCUGGAGAAAAACAGUGACAAAUUUUUACUCGGGACGUCUUCCUCCGAGAACAGCCAGCCGGCUCACCUUCACGAACUCCUUUGCUCCCUGCAGAAACAGCUGCUGGCCUACUGUCACAUCAACAGCGUCGGCGAGAACUCCAGCAGCGUGGCCCUCCUGCACAAGCACCUCCAGCUCCUCUUGCCUCACGCGGCGGAGAUCUACUCCCGCUCAGCCACUUUGCUGAAGGAGAGUUCUUGGAACGGCAGCGUGGGUGAAAAAUUGAGAGAUGUCAUCUACGUGUCUGCCGCAGGAAGCAUGCUUUGCCAGAUCGUGAAUUCCCUCCUUUUGCUGCCUGUGUCGGUAGCCCGGUCUUUGCUGAGCUACCUCCUGGACCUCUUGCCACCCCUGGACUGCCUUAACCGACUCCUGCCAGCCGCAGUGCUUCUAGAAGACCAGGAGUUACAGUGGCCUCUUCACGGUGGGCCUGAACUGGUUGACCCGGCUGGAAUACCCUUACCUCAGCCUGCCCAGGUGUGGGUGUGGCUUGUGGACCUAGAGAGAACCGUCGCUUUGCUGGUUGGACGGUGUCUGGGGGGGAUGUUGCAAGGGGCCCCGAUGUCUCCCGAAGAGCAGGACACGGCUUACUGGCUGAAAACACCCUUGUUCAGUGAUGGAGUGGAAAUGGACGCCCCGCAGUUAGAGAAGUCGGUGAGUUCCCUCCUGGAAGUGGCCCUCUCCGGGAACGAGGAGCAGAAGCCCUUCGACUACCGCCUGCGCCCGGAAGUCUCCACCUUUGUGGACUUGGCCCUGGGGGGCGCCAAGGAGCCGGCCCGCAGCCUCUGGGUCAGCAUGCAGGACUACGCCGUGAGCAAAGACUGGGACAGUGCAACCUUGAGCAGCGAGUCCCUGCUGGACACCGUCUCCCGGUUUGUUCUGGCUGCCCUUUUGAAGCACACAAAUCUGCUCAGUCAAGCAAGCGGCGAAAGUAGGUACCAGCCCGGAAAAGCAUUAGUAGAAAUCUAUCGAUGCGUGUAUAAAGUUCGGAAUCGUUUGCUUGCUUGCAAGAACAUGGAACUUAUUCCGACACGCUCGUCUUCCCGGGAUAGAUGGCUGUCAGGUAACCCAGAAUCGUCGGACAUCGAUGCUCAGGAAGGCCCCUUCACCCGGACCAUCGAUGAGGAAGCCGAGAUGGAAGAGCAGGCAGAGCGGGAAAGAGAGGAGGGGCAUGCGGAGCAGGAGGAGGAAGAGGAAGAGAGAGAGCACGAAGUGAUGACCGCUGGCAAAAUAUUUCAAUGUUUCCUAUCAGCCCGUGAAGUCGCUCGCAGCCGAGACCGAGAGAGAAUAAAUGGCGGGUUGGGGGCGCAAGCGGAGGAUCAGCCCCCCCAGUCCCAGCAGGAGCGGCGUGUCAGCAGAGACCUCCCGGAGGGCCAGGACGUGUACACGGCUGCCUGCAACUCGGUGAUCCACCGCUGUGCCCUGCUGAUCCUGGGGGUCAGCCCGGUGGUGGAGGAGCUGCAGAAGCGCAGGGAGGAAGGGCAGGCGCAGCAGCUCUCGGGCGGCACUCCGGAAGGGGUCGGCCUCAUGAUGACCAGAAGCGAAAGUCUUAGCGCAGAAAGUCGUUCGGGCCACUCUACCUCAAGUUACAAACUGAUGAAAUCGAGGAGUGAAUCUGACCUCUCCCAGCCUGAAUCUGAUGAAGAAAGUUACUCGCUGAGCGGAAGGCGAAAUGUGGAUCUGGAUCUGGCAUCGUCGCAUAGAAAGAAAGGCUCCUUCCACAGCCCGAUUGAAACGCUCAGCGACUCGUGGACUCGGCUAAAACAGCGCGAUUGGCUCUCCAGCUCUUCCUGUUUGUUCGGGGAGUCCGAGGUUGACUUCACUAAAUCCGUUGGUAUUCAUACUUUGAUCGAGAACAUGAUUAGCUUCAUAAGUGGGGAUUUAGGAAGCUCCCCAGGCUUCAAGGAGCCCGAAGAAAGCAUGUCCACCAACCCCCAGGCCUACCUCGUGGCCAUGGAGCAGCAGCAGCAGAGAGCAGAGCUGCGCCUGGAGGCCUUGCACCAGAUCCUGGUUUUGCUUUCGGGGAUGGAAGAGAAGGGGGCCACCGCCUCCCUCGGGAGCCGCCAAGGCCUGGGCUUCCAGUCUUCCUCAUUUCUCACUUCGGUGAGGCUGCAGUUCCUGGCCGGCUGCUUCGGCCUGGGAAGCGUGGGGCACGCUGGAGCCAAAGGAGAGAACAUCCGGCUGCACCACUACCAGGAUGGCAUCAGGGCAGCCAAGAGAAGCAUCCAGACCGAGAUCCAAGUGGCCGUGCACAAGAUCUACCAGCAGCUGUCGGCCACUUUGGAAAGAGCCCUCCAAGCAAAUAAACACCACAUUGAGGCACAACAACGGCUCCUGUUGGUGACCGUGUUCGCCCUAAGUGUGCAUUACCAGCCGGCCGAUGUCUCCUUGGCCAUUUCCACCGGGCUGCUGAACGUCCUUUCUCAGUUAUGCGGGACGGACACUGUGCUCGGGCAGCCCCUGCAGCUCCUACCCAAAAGCGGCAUCUCCCAGCUCAGCACCGCUUUGAAAGUGGCCAGCACGAGGCUACUCCAGAUUCUCGCCAUCACCACCGGGACUUACGCAGAUAAAUUGAGCCCCAAAGUGGUACAGUCCUUGCUGGACCUGCUGUGUAGUCAGCUGAAGAACCUGCUGUCGCAAGCGGGCGUGAUGCUGAUGACUUCUUCCUUCGGAGAAAAGGAAGUGGCCGAUCAGGACGACAAAAAAACCGAAUGCAAAGGUGACACCGAGAGGAAAGACUUCAAAGUUGCCCUCCGAAAACAGCACGCUGCCGAGCUCCAUCUGGGGGACUUCUUAGUUUUCCUCCGAAGAGUCGUUUCUUCCAAAGCCAUCCAGUCCAAGAUGGCUUCUCCAAAGUGGACGGAAGUGCUUCUGAACAUAGCUUCUCAGAAGUGCUGCUCAGGUGUCCCUUUGGUUGGCAAGCUGAGGACCAGGCUACUUGCCCUCCAUGUCCUGGAGGCUGUGCUGCCAGCUUGUGAAUCCGGUGUGGAGGAUGACCAGAUGGCUCAGGUGAUCGAACGGCUGUUUUCCCUCCUGUCCGACUGUAUGUGGGAGAGCCCAGUUGCGCAGGCCAAGCAAGUCCUUCAGGCCAAAGAGAAAGAACAAGAGACGAAGGCGCAGAAGCAGGGGGAAUCUGAAGAAGAAGACGAGAACCUGCCUAUCCAGGAGGUCUCCUUUGACCCCGAGAAAGCCCAGUGCUGCCUAGUGGAAAACGGCCAGAUUCUCACUCACGGCAGCGGAGGAAAGGGCUACGGGCUGGCGUCCACGGGCGUCUCAUCCGGAUGCUACCAGUGGAAGUUUUACAUUGUGAAAGAAAACCGAGGCAACGAAGGGACGUGCGUGGGGGUCUCUCGCUGGCCCGUUCAUGAUUUCAACCACCGCACCACCUCCGACAUGUGGCUGUACAGAGCCUACAGUGGCAACCUCUACCACAACGGGGAGCAGGCGCUGGCCCUGACCAGCUUCACGCAGGGGGACUUCAUUACCUGCGUCCUGGAUAUGGAAGCAAGAACCAUUUCCUUUGGCAAAAACGGGGAGGAACCCAAACUGGCCUUCGAGGAUGUGGAUGCUGGAGAGUUGUAUCCUUGUGUGAUGUUUUACAGUAGCAACCCUGGAGAAAAGGUAAAGAUCUGUGACAUGCAGAUGCGUGGCACCCCAAGGGAUCUGCUGCCGGGGGAUCCCAUCUGCAGCCCGGUGGCCGCAGUGCUGGCAGAGGCCACAAUUCAGCUGAUCCGCAUCCUGCACCGGACCGACCGGUGGACGCACUGCAUCAACAAAAAAAUGAUGGAGAGGCUGUACAGAAUCAAAGGGUGCCUGAAAGAAAGCGGCCAGAAGCUGAAGAAAAGCCGCUCCCUGCAGAGUCGAGAGGAGAACGAGGUGCGCGAGGAGGAGGAGAAGAUGAAGCACUGCGGCCGGCCACACGGACUGGCCGACCUCUCGGAGCUGCAGCUGAAGACGCUCUGCAUGGAGGUCUGGCCGGUGCUGGCAGUGAUUGGCGGGGUGGACGCCGGGCUUCGAGUCGGGGGACGCUGCGUCCACAAGCAAACCGGGCGGCACGCCACCUUGCUGGGCGUGGUCAAGGAAGGCAGCGCCUCGGCCAAGGUCCAGUGGGACGAGGCCGAGAUCACCAUCAGCUUCCCAACUUUUUGGUCGCCUAGUGAUACGCCGCUCUAUAACCUGGAACCUUGCGAACCGCUGCCUUUUGACGUGGCCAGAUUCCGGGGACUGACGGCCACCGUCUUGCUGGACCUCACCUAUCUGACCGGCAUCCACGAAGACCUGGGCAAGCAGAGCGUUAAGCGGCACGAGAAGCGGCACAAGCACGACCCGGAAGACAAGGGGGACCCGGAGCAGAAGUCAGAAAGCGACGCUGCGUCCGAGGCACGACCUGUGCCCAGCACCGAGGAGGCGAAAGGACACGGGGCCAAGCUGGAAAGCGAAAGCUCUUCCUUCUCUUUGGACGCCAUCUCCUUGGGCAUGGAGUGCCCGCACCUGAACGCCGAGGGCAAGAAAAAGAACCACGAACACGCCGCCAAGAACUACGAGGCGGCCCAGUCAGAAACUCGGGCGGUUCAACUCUCCUACCUUUACCUGGGAGCCAUGAAGUCCCUCAGCACGCUGCUCAGUUGCAGCAAGUACGCCGAGCUGCUCCUCAUCCCCAAAGUCCUGGCCGAGAACGGCCACAACUCUGACUGCGCCAGCUCCCCCGUAGUCCACGAAGAGGUGGAGAUGCGCACGGCCUUGCAGUUCUUGAUGCGCCAUAUGGUAAAGCGGGCAGUCAUGCGCUCGCCCAUCAAGAGGGCGAUGGGAUUGGUGGACCUGGAGCGGGCACAGGCCAUGAUCUACAAACUAGUUGUGCAUGGACUGAUGGAAGAUCAGGGCGGCUCCAAAGCCAAGCAAGAAGCAGACCAGCAGGCCGAAGAGAAUGACCAGAGUCAGCAGGCCCAGACCCCUGUGACCACCAGCCCGUCUGCCUCCAGCACCACGUCUUUCAUGAGCAGCUCUCUGGAAGACACGACAACGGCCACCACCCCCGUGACCGACACGGAAACCGUGCCCGCCUCAGAGUCCCCGGGGGUUCUGCCCCUCAGCCUCCUGAGGCAAAUGUUCUCCAGCUACCCCACCACGGCUGUCCUUCCCACCAGACGGGCGCAGACGCCCCCCAUCUCCUCCCUGCCGACUUCUCCCUCCGACGACGUGGGCAGGCGCCAGUCGCUCACCUCCCCCGACUCUCAGCCUGCCAGACCGGCCAAUCGCACAGCUUUGUCUGACCCGAGCAGCCGCCUGUCAACCUCCCCGCCUCCUCCUGCUGUGGCCGUGCCCUUGCUGGAAAUGGGCUUUUCCCUCCGGCAGAUCGCUAAAGCCAUGGAAACCACAGGUGUCCGAGGGGAAGCAGAUGCCCAGAACAUCACCGUCCUGGCCAUGUGGAUGGUGGAGCAUCCUGGGAACGAGGAAGAUGAAGAGCCUCAGUCGGAGGACAUGGUAGAUGCCCGGCAGGGAGGAUUAGGCCCUGGAGGUGGGGGCAAGUCCAGCGACCAGGGCUACCUGCAGUCCCCGGGAGACCUGACUUCGGCCGAUGCCCCUGAGUUGGAGGAAGGCUUUGGGGAAAGCCACGAUAACAUGGAUCACGCAGAAAACGCAGCCUCGGGAAGUGGGCCCGUGGCAAGGGGCCGGUCGGCAGUGACCAGGAGACACAAAUUUGACCUGGCUGCUCGGACGCUGCUGGCCCGUGCCGCGGGCUUGUACCGCUCUGUCCAGGCCCACCGGAACCAGAGCCGGAGGGAAGGGAUCUCCUUGCCACAAGAUCCCGGCGCGCUCUACGACUUCAACCUGGAUGAGGAGCUGGAGCUGGAGCUGGACGAGGAGGCCAUGGAAGCCAUGUUUGGGGCGGACCUUGCCGGGGACAAUGACAUUCUGGGAAUGUGGAUCCCAGAGGUAUUGGACUGGCCGACCUGGCAUGUGUGUGAAUCUGAAGACAGGGAAGAAGUGGUCGUGUGUGAGUUGUGUGAAGCCAGCGUGGCCAGCUUCAAUCAGCACAUGAAGAGGAACCACCCCGGCUGUGGGCGCAGUGCAAACCGCCAGGGCUACCGCAGCAACGGCUCCUACGUGGACGGCUGGUUUGGGGGCGAGUGUGGAAGCGGCAACCCUUACUACCUGCUGUGUGGCAGCUGCCGGGAGAAAUACCUGGCCCUGCGGAGCAAGAACAAGGCCUCGGCCUCAGACAGGUACAAAGGCCAGGCCCCCGAUCUCAUAGGCAAGCAGGAGAGCAUCUACGAAGAAGACUGGGACAUGCUGGAUGUCGACGAGGAAGAAAAGCUGACUGGCGAAGAGGAGUUUGAGAUGCUGGCUGGACCCCUGGGCUUGAAUGACCGGCGCAUUGUGCCUGAGCCGGUCCAGUUCCCGGACAGUGACCCCCUGGGAGCCUCGGUGGCCAUGGUCACGGCCAUCAACAGCAUGGAGGAAACGCUGAUGCAGAUAGGUUGCCAAGGCUCUGUGGAGAAAAGCUCUUCGGGGGGCAGGAUUACCCUGGGGGAGCAGGCGGCUGCUUUGCUGAACCCCCACGACCGUAUCAUGGCCUUGAGGCGGGUGACGGCAGCAGCCCAGGUUCUCCUGGCCCGGACGAUGGUCAUGCGAGCCCUCUCCCUGCUCUCGGUCAGCGGGUCCAGCUGCAGCCUCGCAGCAGGGCUGGAGUCCCUGGGCUUGACGGACAUCCGCACCUUGGUCCGCCUGAUGUGCCUGGCCGCGGCGGGGAGGGCCGGCCUGUCCACAGGCUCCUGCUCCGGGCUGGGCCCUUCCGAGAGGCCGAGAGGCGUCCAGAGCCAGAUGACCAAGCCCAUCUCCUGCCUGGCCUACCUGAGCACGGCAGUCGGCUGCUUGGCCUCCAACACCCCUGGGGCUGCCAAGCUCCUGGUCCAGCUGUGCACCCAGAACUUGAUUUCGGCAGCUACCGGGGUCAAUUUGACGACAGUGGACGAUCCGGUGCAACGGAAGUUCUUGCCGAGUUUCCUGCGGGGAAUAGCCGAAGAGAACAAGCUCAUCACCUCCCCCAACUUCGUGGUGACCCAGGCCCUGGUGGCCUUGCUGGCCGACAAGGGGGCCAAACUGAGGCCCGGCUACGACAAAGCGGAGAUGGAGAAGAAAGGUAGCUGUGCUGGGCGGGGCUGCUGCUCCCUCUCCCGGCGUGGCAGCCCUGUUCGCUCCAAGCAGGGCUCUGUUCCUUCUGCCCUAGGGCCCCUGGAGCUGGCCAACACCCUGGCCGCCUGCUGCCUCUCCUCCAGGCUCUCCUCGCAACACAGGCAGUGGGCCGCUCAGCAGCUGGUGCGCACCCUCGCCGCUCACGACCGCGACAACCAGGGCAGCCUGCAGACCCUGGCAGACGUGGGAGGGGACCUGCGCAAGUGCUCCUCCAUCAAGCUGGAGGCUCACCAGAACAGGGUCAUGACCUGCAUUUGGUGCAACAGGAAGGGCCUCCUGGCCACCAGUGGCAGCGACGGGACCAUCCGCGUGUGGAGCGUCACCAAGAAGCAGUACUCGCUGCAGCAGACCUGCGUCUUCAGCAAACUCGAAGGAGAUGCCGAAGAAAAUCUGGGGUCUCCCAGUGACCCCGGUUUCUCUCUCGCCUGCUGGAGUAUAAGCGGCAAGUACCUGGCGGGAGCCCUGGAGAAGAUGGUGAACAUAUGGCAGGUCAACGGAGGGAAGGGGCUCCUGGACAUCCAGCCCCACUGGGUCUCUGCCCUCACCUGGCCUGAGGAAAGCCCCUCCGCAGCCUGGACAGGAGACGCACCGGAGUUCCUGCUGGUGGGGCGGAUGGACGGCUCCCUGGGGCUGAUUGAGGUCCUGGACGUUUCCACCAUGCGCAGGGUUGAGCUGGAGCAUUGCUACAGGAAGGACGUGUCGGUGACCUGCCUUGCCUGGUUCAGUGAGGAGAGUCCUUUUGCGGUGGGCUACGCAGAUGGGAAGCUGCUGAUCGGCACCAGAGAAGCCCGGGAGAGCGGAGGGAUCGUCCUGGUGGACGCACACAAGGACACCCUGGUCAGCAUGAAGUGGGACCCCACGGGGAAGAUCCUCAUGACCUGCGCAAAGGAGGAGUCGGUCAAGCUCUGGGGCUCCUCGGGGAGCUGCUGGCGGCACUUGGGCACCCUCCCCCACCAGGCCGUGGUGACUGUCCUGGUCUGGUGCAGCCUCCCAGGGAAAGGCCCCACGCUGCAGCUGCUGCUGGCUACCGGGUGCCAGAAUGGCUUGGUUUGUGUUUGGACAGUUCCCCAAGAUGAGCUGGCCUCCCUGCAGUCGAGCCCGGGCUGCUCCGAAGUGUGGUGGGACGAACACAUCGGCGGGAAGGAGGCGUUCCGAAAAGCAGCCGAAACCAAGUGUGUUUAUCAGCUCAAGGGACACAUCACACCUGUGCGGACGUUGACUUUCAGUUCUGACGGACUCGUCCUGGUCUCUGGGGCCCUUGGGGGCCUUAUCAAUAUCUGGUCUCUGCGGGAUGGGUCCGUCCUGCAGAGCGUGGCGAUCGGUUCCGGGGCUAUUCAGACCGUGGUUUGGAUCCCCGAGGUCGGAGUGGCUGCUUGUUCUAGUAGAUCAAAGGACGUCCUGGUGGUGAAUUGCACUUCGGAGUGGGUCUCCUCCAACCACGUCUUAGCCACCUGCAGGAGCGCUUUGAAGCAACAGGGCAUUUUUGGCUUGAACAUGGCCCCCUGCAUGAGGGCUUUCUUGGAACGGCUGCCCAUCAUGCUCCAAGAACAGUACACCUAUGAGAAGCCUUACGUGGUGUGUGGAGACCAGCUGGUCCACAGCCCCUACAUGCAGUGCCUGGCUUCCCUCGCCGUGGGGCUGCGUCUGGACCGGCUCUUGUGCAGCCCACCGGUCCCCCCGCAUCACCAGGCCUGCCUGCCCGACCCCUCCGCCUGGAACCCCGCCGAGUGGGCCUGGCUGGAGUGCUUCUCCACCACCGUCAAGGCUGCGGAAGCGCUGGCCAAGGGAGACGCCUUCCCAGAGUCCUUCACUGUCCCAGACCUGGAACCGGUGCCGGAAGGAGAACUGGCCCUCCUCAUGGACAACGGAAAAUGGAUCAACGGCCUGGAUGAGCAGAUCAUGUCCUGGGCAACGUCACGGCCGGAGGACUGGCACCUUGGGGGGAAAUGUGACGUGUGCCUCUGGGGAGCCGGAAGGCACGGGCAGCUGGCAGAGGCCGGAAGGAACGUCCUGGUGCCCGUCUUGGCCCCCUCCUUCUCACAAGCCCAGCAGGUUAUUUGUGGCCAGAACUGCACAUUUGUGAUUCAAGCGAAUGGGACGGUUUUGGCCUGCGGGGAAGGGAGCUACGGCCGGCUGGGACAAGGCAAUUCUGAUGACCUUCACGUGCUCACCGUCAUUUCAGCCUUGCAGGGUUUUGUUGUCACCCAGCUGGUGACCUCUUGUGGUUCAGAUGGACACUCCAUGGCUUUGACGGAGAGUGGGGAAGUUUUCAGCUGGGGAGACGGCGAUUACGGCAAACUGGGACAUGGGAACAGCGACCGGCAACGCCGGCCGAGGCAGAUCGAAGCGUUGCAAGGAGAAGAAGUGGUCCAGAUGUCCUGUGGCUUUAAGCAUUCGGCUGUGGUGACCGCAGACGGCAAACUCUUCACCUUUGGGAACGGCGACUAUGGGCGGCUGGGCUUAGGCAACACCUCCAACAAGAAGCUUCCCGAGAGGGUGACGGCGCUGGAGGGCUACCAGAUUGGAGAGGUGGCCUGUGGACUCAAUCACACCAUCGUCGUGUCUACCGACGGUUCCAUGGUUUGGGCUUUUGGGGACGGAGACUACGGGAAGUUGGGCCUGGGAAACUCAACGGCCAAGUCCUCCCCGCAGAAAGUAGAUAUUCUUUGUGGCAUAGGAAUCAGAAAAGUUGCCUGUGGCACCCAGUUUUCGGUGGCUUUGACGAAGGACGGGCACGUCUACACUUUUGGGCAAGACCGGCUGAUCGGCCUGCCGGAAGGACGAGCCCGAAACCACAAUCGGCCCCAGCAAGUCCCGGCCCUGUCGGGGGUUUUUGUGGAGGACAUUGCUGUGGGCGCAGAGCACACGCUGGCGCUCUCCUCAGCCGGAGACGUCUACGCCUGGGGCAGCAACUCGGAAGGCCAGCUGGGGUUGGGCCACACCAACCACAUCCGGGAGCCCACCCUCAUCACCUCCCUGCAAGGGAAGAACAUCCGGCAGAUCUCAGCGGGGCGAUGCCACAGCGCAGCCUGGACCGCCCCGCCUGCCCCCCCUCGAGCGCCAGGGGUGUCGGUGCCGCUGCAGCUGGGCUUGCCGGACGCCGUUCCACCCCAGUACGGGGCCCUGAAGGAAGUGAGCAUCCAGACCGUCCGGGCCAGGUUGCGGCUGCUCUACCACUUCUCCGACCUCAUGUACUCCUCGUGGAGGUUGCUGAACCUCAGUCCCAACAGCCAGAGCAGCACCUCUCACUACAACGCCGGCACUUGGGGCAUCGUCCAGGGGCAGCUGAGGCCGCUGCUGGCGCCCCGAGUCUACACGCUGCCCAUGGUGCGCUCCAUUGGGAAGACGAUGGUCCAGGGGAAGAACUACGGCCCCCAGAUCACGGUCAAGAGGAUAUCCACCAGGGGCCGGAAGUGCAAGCCCAUCCUGGUGCAGAUCGCCAGGCAGGUGGUGAAGCUGAACGCCUCCGACCUGCGGCUGCCCUCCCGGGCCUGGAAGGUGAAGCUGGUGGGGGAAGGUGCGGACGAUGCCGGGGGAGUCUUCGACGACACCAUCACGGAAAUGUGCCAGGAGCUUGAAACGGGAAUUGUGGACCUGCUGAUUCCUUCCCCGAACGCAACAGCCGAAGUUGGCUACAACAGGGAUCGGUUCCUCUUGAACCCCUCGGCCUGCCUGGAUGAGCACCUGGUGCAGUUCAAGUUCCUGGGCAUCCUGAUGGGCGUGGCCAUCCGCACCAAGAAGCCCCUGGACCUCCACCUGGCCCCGCUGGUCUGGAAGCAGCUCUCCUGCAUCCCGCUCAGCCUGGAGGACCUGGAGGAGGUGGACCUGCUCUACGUGCAGACCCUGAAUAGCAUUCUUCACAUUGAAGACAGCGGCAUCACCGAGGAGAACUUCCACGAGAUGAUUCCUCUAGAUUCCUUCAUUGGCCAGAGUGCUGAUGGCAAAAUGGUGCCCAUCAUCCCCGGUGGGAACAGCAUCCCCCUCACCUUCUCAAACCGGAAGGAAUACGUGGAAAGAGCCAUCGAGUACCGGCUGCACGAAAUGGAUCGCCAGGUGGCUGCCGUGCGGGAAGGGAUGUCUUGGAUUGUGCCGGUGCCUCUGCUGUCCCUGCUGACAGCCAAGCAGCUGGAGCAGAUGGUCUGCGGGAUGCCCGAGAUCUCGGUGGACGUGCUGAAGAAGGUGGUGCGCUACCGCGAGGUGGACGAGCAGCACCAGCUGGUCCAGUGGUUCUGGCACACGCUGGAAGAGUUCUCCAACGAGGAGCGGGUCCUCUUCAUGAGGUUUGUGUCCGGAAGGUCUCGCCUGCCAGCCAACACGGCGGAUAUUUCUCAGCGGUUCCAAAUCAUGAAGGUCGAUAGGCCUUAUGACAGCUUGCCUACCUCACAGACUUGCUUCUUUCAACUGCGUCUCCCACCCUACUCCAGUCAGCUCGUCAUGGCGGAGCGGUUACGCUAUGCAAUCAACAAUUGCAGGUCGAUCGAUAUGGACAAUUAUAUGCUGUCCCGAAACGUGGACAAUGCCGAGGGCUCCGACACGGACUAUUAACUGUGGACAAAAAUCCUCUCUUUCUCUCUCUCUUUCUCUCUCUCUCUCAAAGAAUGCCCACACCGGAUUUCAGUGCUGACAUGGUUUUACGGUAAAGAUAGAUGUUUGGCCACCUU